UAACGAGUGACUUGGAGGAGCAUGUGCGCCUGCAAGUGUCAUAGUGAAGAAUUGUCCGUUGUGAAGUUAGUAUCCUUGCAAAGGGUCCUGCAGGAUCUUAGAGAGAGAGAGAGAGAGAGAGCCAAGGUCCUUUUGAUAACUUUGUUGUCCCUCGGCUGUGACUGCUCUUCUGCCACGUCUCUGGAUGCCUUCAAGUUUCCUCAGCUAGGAAGUGAAAAUGCUGAUCCUUUCAAAUAGACAAGAGAUGAUCGACACAACAAACCUACAGAACUCAAAGUAAUGAAACUGACUUUCCGAAUACUACGCUAUUCUAAAGAAACACUAUUCUGAAGAAUUCCUGGAGACCAAUGAAAACCUAGACAGGAAAAUUCUUGGGAAUUCUCGAAAGGCUAUUUCAAUCAACUUCAAGAGCGGACUUUGCUUUCGACUGUAAUUGACAGACGCAUGAAAUACAGACCUGAAUUCAGAAGGAGGUUUUUCAACGUCCAAAUAUCAAGACCAAGUCAGGUUUGGUUUUCCAAGCCUUUGUGACUUGAAUCCAUAAAAUACGAGACUGAGCCUCGCAAGAAAAAGUACCGCGAGUAUAAUAAUAGCAUUAAAGGAAAAACUUCCACAAAGGACCGGAAGUUGUGAGCACAAAAGAAGACCUAGGGAUCAGAGUAGGUUAUCAUUGUGCAACUUAAUUUCCACAAACAACAAAUACCACGAAAUACUACAAUAAACCCUGAUGUGAAAAUUAUGAAUGGGCAAGAAACUGGAAACCAUUAAUUGAUACGAACGUAUGUCAAGUAAAGUAACUACGGAAAAAUACUCCAUUUUUAAAAUUCUGACGAAAAAACAAGUCUGGAAACCCUCCACUGAAAUGGAAUAAAACUGAACGAAGUUACUUCACUGGAAACACUUUAUUGUAUAAGAAAUCUGAUAUGAAACAAAUAUAGUGCUCUGAUUCGACCAGGCCUCCCAGCGCAAGCUGUCAGAUCGCGUUCCUUGGUAACGAAACAAUACUAAUUUCGGGAGAAGCAACACUCCACCUUUCAAAACCUUCAAGAUGAAACCCAGAGGACUUGUCCUGCUGUCCGUCUACCUGGUGCUGAUGGCAAUGGUUCGAUCAUCGUACAGCUGGCGUACCGACAGACGUCCCCGGAUCUUCGGCAGCAAGCUGCGUCUGAAAUCCCUGGAGCCAGGGAAGUUCAGGAUCCAGAAAAAGCUCGUCCAGUUCCACAACUUUUUCCGGUCGAAAGUGAAGCCGGAAGCUUCUAACAUGUUGGCUAUGUCUUGGUCAAAGAAAGCCGCCGAGGACGCCCAGAGGUGGGCGGACGCCUGUCAACUUCUGAUCCACGAUUCAGCCGAGGGCCGGAACGUCGAGCAGUAUGGCGCUUGUGGACAAAAUAUAUUCGUCGCCACGCAUCAAGUGCCUUGGUUCUUCGCAGUGAAGACCUGGUGGUUGGAGAAGGACAACUUCACUUACGGGGGCGGGAACGACAUUUUCGUGGUGGGUCACUACACUCAGAUGGUGUGGCACUCCUCCCACGAGGUCGGCUGUGGCUUAGCAUUCUGCCCCAAUGCCAAACCUAAGCCCUUCUACAAUUACGUCUGCAAUUAUUGUCCUAUCGGAAACUACCUCGAGUCACUCUCCAAGCCCUACAAGUCCGGAACGCCCUGCUCGGACUGCCCAGGGCACUGCAAGGCCGACAAACUCUGCACCAACUCGUGCCCUUACGGAGACCUCUGGGUCAACUGCAAGGAACUGGACUACGCCUUCCACAACUGGCUCUGCAACACCAAGACCAAAGAGGGCCGGGAGAGGUUCCGCCAUUGCAGGGCUACGUGCUUGUGCAAGGGGAAGAUCACCUUUCCCUGAGGCGCCAGCUGAGAGAGAGAGAGAGAGAGAGAGAGAGAGAGAGAGAGAGAGAGAGAGAGAUUAAUUUAUAGUUCCCCAGUAAUUUUUAUAGUUCCUGGGGCUCUGCGUGACACUAUGGCGCAUAGGAGUUCCGUUUUGUAUUGACGACAUGAACAGGGUAAAAAAAAAAAGGCACAGUUUCUGCCUCGUACAAUGGUUUUAAAAAUUGACGUUUUUUGCCAAUUAAAUGGACAAAAACAGGAUUUUUCUCCUUUGAAUAAAAUGCAAGAAGUCCUUUUUGCCGUUUAAUUGACAAAAACAAUAUUUUAACUUCGAAAAGGGCUUCAAAACAGUUCUUUUCGGCUGCUUUUUAUAGAGAAACCCGGAAGGAAAUACGUAUAAAAUAUAACGCUUUGCUAGUUUUAGAUAUAUAAAUUCAUUGACUACUGAAUUAUGAGUUCAAUGUGACGAAGACGUACUUAGUACACUUCUGUGGAAGCUGUGAUAUAUCAAAGGUAUGUGUUCCGAAAGUUUGCUUGAAUCUGGAGCCCCA